AUGGAUUUACCUGGACUAAUACAUGAUUUUCUUUUAGUCUUUCUGGGAUUGGGUCUUAUAUUAGGGGGUCUGGGAGUAGUAUUACUUCCCAAUCCCAUUUAUUCUGCCUUUUCGUUGGGAUUGGUUUUUGUUUGUAUAUCUUUAUUCUAUAUUCUAUCGAACUCACAUUUUGUAGCCGCUGCGCAGCUCCUUAUUUACGUAGGAGCCAUAAAUGUUUUAAUCAUUUUUGCUGUAAUGUUCAUAAAUGGUUCAGAAUAUUCCAAAGAUUUCCAUCUUUGGACCGUGGGAGAUGGAGUAACUUCUGUGGUCUGUACAAGUAUUUUUGUUUCACUAAUUACUACUAUUUCAGAUACGUCAUGGUACGGGAUUAUUUGGACUGCAAAAGCAAACCAGAUUAUCGAGCAAGAUCUGAUAAGUAAUAGUCAACAAAUUGGGAUUCAUUUAUCAACAGAUUUUUUUCUUCCGUUUGAAUUUAUUUCAAUAAUUCUUUUAGUUGCGUUAAUCGGCGCAAUUGCUGUAGCUCGUCAAUAA